UGCCUGGAAGCAAGGCUAUGAGAAAUGAACCCCAUCACUGGAGGACAUGACAGGGCAGCUAAGUCAGCAGCAUGUAGCCAAGAAGGAAACCAGCCCAUGCCUGGAGCCUUCUCCAUUCCUGUUUGGCUGGCCCAGCAUGUCUCUGCAGGCCACUCGGGAGGGCGGGAGAGCCAGUGACAUCACCAGCUCAUCUCUGCAUAAAAGGACCUGCUGAGAUCUGCUAUCACCCAUCCACUCCACGGCAGCCCACCCACGGCCAUGGCUCCCCGAUGCUGCAUUUUGGCUGUCUCUGCAGCCCUCUGCGUCAUGCUGCUCUGCUCACACGGAGUUCCAGUGUCCCCCACGGGAGCUCACCUGUUGCUGUGUCAGCCACACACAAGAUGCGGAGACGAGUUCUACGACCCUCUGCAGCACUGUUGCUACGACGAUGCUGUUGUGCCCCUGGGCAGGACCCAAAAGUGUGGAAACUGCACCUUCAGAGUCUGCUUCGAACAGUGCUGCCUCUGGAGACUCGACCCUCAGGAGUCCUUCAUAGUGAAGGUGAAAGGCCAGAGUUGUUCCUCAGCGUGGUCCUCGGGUGACAGGGUUUGUUGCAGUGUCGUCUGAUGAGACGCCAGGUAACUGGAUGACUCCUGGAUCCUGCUUCCUGAUGAGCCUGGAGAGAGGGCCUGGGGUCACCUGAGAUCUGGGACUUGGAGUGAGUGUGAGGAUAGGAGAGACUUAGACUCAAUCCCCGUCCUUUUCCUGUCUCCUCUUCAACGUUCGGCCUGCAUCUGCCCUGAGUGGGCUCCUGUUCCUCUUUCUAUGAGGGGCAUGAGAAGCUUUUGGUGGAGGAGAAGUCCCCAGGGACACGGACUCCUAUGAUUACCCCUGUGGCCAACAUCCAGCAGGCACAAUCCCCAGGCUGGCCCUGAGGACCCUUCACUGAGACAUUUCAUUACCUCAGGCCCUUUUCUCGCCCAGGAGCAAAGCACACGGCACUUUCUAAAUGUUGUACAGUUUAUGGACUAUUAUUAUGAGAGCCUGGGCGGAUGGGAAGGGUCAUAAAUGGUUCUUUUUGUCAUCCGGAGGCUGCAAGGUACAUCCACUUGUUCCUAUGCACACAUUUCAACAGGAACACCCAGGGUUUCCUGGGAUCACUGAAUAAAAAUCCCGUGUCAUUCA